AUGUCAGACGAUGUUGUUAUGACAGAUACAUCUAAUGAUGAUGAUUCUAAAAAAACAACUACUACAACAGCAGCAUCAACAGAAAAUAUAGAGAAAGAGAGUAAUAAUACAACAGAAACAGAGAAAGAUUCAUCUUUGUCGAAUGAAACUGAUAAAACAAAAGAAUCAAAUGUAGAUAUAGAUAAUAAUAAUAAUAAUAAAGAAGAUUCACAAUCAGUUUCAAAAAAUGAUAAUAGUAGUAAUACUACUGAUACUACCACUACACAAAAUGAAGCUGAAAAAAGAAAAAGAAAAAGAAAUAUAGUAUUAGUAAUAAAGAGAAUGAAAAAGAUAAAGAAAAAAGAAGAAAAAGUAGAAAAAGAAGAAAAAGAAGUAAAAGAUAAUGAAAAUAAAGAGAAGGAUAGUAAAACAACGGCAACAACAGCUGCAACAACAACAACAGAUAAAGAUAUGAUGGAUAUUGAUAGUUCAUCUACAACAACAACUACUACUACUACUACUUCUACAAGUACAGCAAGUAGUAGUACUGCACCUAAAACACCAGAUAAUCAAAUCAGUGGCGAUGCAAUGAAUACUACUGCAGAUGAUCAUGGUGGUAGCGGUCAAGGCAAGAUUCUACCGAAAACACUGGCAUCUCUCACACAGACAAUACAAGAUGACCAAACACCAGCAUAUCUUGUCUCCAAUAAAGAGGAUAUCGAUAUUACACAAACCAACUUGGAUGAACCAAGAGAUGCCAGAGUCAUCAAGAACAUCCUUAAAACAAUGGGUGUUCAAGCACACGAUCCAAGAGUUGUCAAUCAGCUAUUAGAGUUUAUGUUUAAAUAUGUAUAUGAAGUAUUACAAGAUUCAGUUGCAUACAGUGAUCACUCUGGUAGAUCGGAUAUUGAUAUCUCUGACAUUAGACUCUCGAUUCAAUCACGUGUAAACUUUUCAUUUACACAACCACCACCUAGAGAAGUAUGUUUAUUUGAAGAAAAGAAUAAGAUACCACUUCCACCAAUUCCACAAAAGUUUGGUAUAUUGUUGCCACCCGAUGACUAUUGUCUUACCUAUCCCAACUAUCAGGUGGAUCCACCGAAACCACCACCACCUCAACCCGUUCAACCGUUGGCACCGCAAACACAGCGUGGACACUACAACAAGAAGAUACCAGAGAAGCAAAUCCCAAUUCGUUUGAAUGUUACUCAACCACCAAGCAUCAUUAACCCACCCAUCAACGGAAAACACCAAGAUAAAUAA